UCCGCCAAAAUGAAAUUUGUUGACCAAGUUCUCGUAGUGUCAGUCAAUUUCGAGUUAAUUUAGAAGUGACACGCCUAAGUUUUAAUAUUAAAAAUGAACGAAAUUACGAAUAGUCUUCACGAAAAUAUUUUGAAGUUAAAUGACUUUAUAAAAUAUCAGAAAGAUGAAGGACAUUCAAGUAUUUACGUAAUUAAAGACAUCAGUGAAAUUUGUUUGCGUGGUACUUUAUCAGAAAAAGAUCGUAGUUAUGUCUGUUCGUUGAUUUUGAGAAAAGAAGAUGGAUUUUUACAUUUCUUAGAAGAAGCUGUUAAUACACCUUCGUUGAAAGAUAGUUUGAUUGAAGCUCUCCAAUUUUUAAAUUUGUUUCUUAUUAAUAUAGGAAAUAAAGUAGUUCAGUAUGGAAUUACGGUCAAAGAUGUCGUAUUUUCAAUUUUUCUUCGAAAUCAGUUAGCCAAAGUAAAGAUUUUAGCUUUAUCUGCACUGAUAAAAGUGUUAGAAUUGUGCAGUGGUGCGAUUUCGUCGGAACAAUUUAAUCUCCAAAAAAUAGUUAAUAAAAUUAUUGAAUAUUUGGCUCAGGCAUCUUCAAAAAUAACACCUACUGUAAAGCAACAAGCUUAUUACCUUUUAGGAAUUUCCUCACGUCAUUAUCCCGAUUGUAUGCAGUUGUGUUCGGAACGAUUAUUAAAUUGGUACUUAAAGGAUUUAAAAUUUCAUACAACAUCCAAUCAAAAAUCUGAAAGUAGUAUUAUUGUUGGUUGUCUUCAAGGACUCAAUGAAUUUAUGUAUCAGUUUCCUCUUCAAGAUACCGAAGAUACAGAAAAAGCUUACCAGUUAUUUAAAUUUAUACGUAUAAUCUUGUCGAAACGUGAUGUUAAAACAUAUGAUAUGGCUAAAGCAUCUCUAACGUUGCUUUCGUCACAUGCUUCACUUUUGGCACAAUUUCUAUACGAGGACAGUAUGAACAUUUACAAAAUCAUAGAAAUUUGGACAAAUCAUUCUAAUAGGGAAGUUAGGUCUUUAGGUUAUAAUGCUCUUGAUGCAGUAUUUAAACAGAUUUCUGAUAUGUUGGAACAAAAUUAUGAAGAUUCUUGUAAAGCUGAAAUAUUUAAAUUUUUUAUAGAAAAAUUUCAGUUAAUGAUAAAAUGUUCUGAGAAUAUUCGUAGAGUUUCUACAGCCAUUCGAGGGUUUGGAUAUUUUGCAAAAGUUUGUAAAUUAUAUUUGACUGAAAAGGAUGUAAAGUAUAUGCUUAAUGAUGUAAUUAAGAAAAGUGAACAACAUUGUUUAAAUGAGGAGAAAAUAUUAGAUGAACGAAUUCAAAUUUUACCAAGUUUUCUAGAUUCAUUGUCAAGUAUUGUUUUACAAUUACAAGAAAUUUCAGAAAGUUCUCUUAAUUAUCUUGAAAAAUUAGCUGUAUUUCAGAUUCAGAAUUUUCCUUAUCUUCCAUCACCUUAUCAUUUUUUAUGCUAUAAUUCUUUAAUCAAAUUAUUUUUGGCUGUACAUUCUAAAGGUCCACAAUUCAAAGGAUUCUUAAAUAAAAUUAUUUAUCAAGGAAUUAUAAGAACUUGCUCAUAUCCUGUAAGGUUUGAAAUUGAGGCAAGAGAAGAAAAUAUGAGUGGAGAUAAUUUAGAACUAAAAAAUCCUAGAGAGAUAACAAGUAAAAGUUACAGUUCCUUAUGGGAAAAUCUUCUUUACAUUGUAAGAAAUAAAGAAUUAAAUCAUAUUGGCAUUUCAUUGGAAGAUCGACAUAAUCUCCUUCAAUUAAUAUAUGAUGAAAUUAUUUCAGUAGUACUUACUCUACUGAAGAAACUAGACCUAGCAACUACUCAUUCUAUGCAAGAUAGUGAGAUAAAAGAUAGUAACUUGAAACAGUUUGAGACUUCUGAAUUAUACAGCACAGUAUCUGAUCCAUUUUAUGGUUUACAGCUGAGUAAACCAAAAGAUUUUAGAGUUUUCAUGAAUAUUGUUGAUUUUUGCAAGGAUUUAUUUAUAUCAAAACAUAAUGAAUUAUUUGAAAAGUGGAUUCUCAUUUUUGGGUUAGAAAUUAUUCAAUUUAUAAACAAAAAUCCAUACAUUAGUGGAUUUUAUAAAUUAAUAACUGUAUGUCUAACAAUAUGUAAGAAAACAAGAUAUUUCCAGCAUGUUAAGAAAUUAAAAACAAAGGAAGAAAUAAGUAUGUCAGAGAAAGAUUGUUUGAUAGCUUUUGAAUUAUUUGCUAAAUUCUCAAGAGAAGUUGUUAUAUAUUUGCAACAAUUCAAAGAUGAACUUCUUGCAUCAUGUAUAGAAGUUAUUCUUUCAUUGCCAACUGAAAUUGUGGAGUCAGAAAUCAAUAUUUUAAUUCCUGCAGUACAGAUUUCUCUUCAGUUGGGUCUUAGUUAUCUGCCGUUAGCAAUGUCUUGUUUAGAUGCUUUAGAAACGUGGUUAUAUUCUUUACCUUCUGAAUUGUUAAAAGAGCAUUAUUGCAAACUAUUACCAAGUUUGAAUGACUAUUUCUUAGCAAGUGAUAAUAUUUCACUUCAGCCUUUAAAAAAUAUUCAUACAUUUACCAAGCAGUCUUUAGUUGUAAAGAAAAAAUUACCUUUAAAAAUUAGUCAAUAUAAAAAAAUAAAACAAACUGAUUUACAUGAAUCUGAAUUAAUUAAAGUACAGCAUCGAAUUUUAAGAUUUUUAGGAUCUGUUGGCAAUCAAUAUAAUUUUGCAAUGAUAUCUGCUGAUAAAAUAAAGAUACACGAAGUUGCUGUAGCAUGGGAUAUUAAUAAGCAGAAUCAUUUAAAAUUUUACUUACCUUUCAUUGAUGUAAAGUUAGAAAUAUUUUUAGAUAAAUUUCUCCCACGAAUUGUGACACUUUCAACAACAGCAAGUCAAAGACAAACAAAAGUUGCUGCUUGUGAAUUGUUACAUGCUGUUGUGACAUUUAUGGUUGGUUGUGGAGCACAACAACAACCUGAAUUGCAAGCAAUAUAUUCAAUGAAAAAAUUGUACAAAAAUGUAUUACCUGCAUUACUUCAACUGGCAUGUGAUGUUGAUGAAGUUGCUAGAAAGCUGUUUGAACCUUUCACUUUUCAAUUAAUUCACUGGUUUACAACAAAAAGAAUGAUAAAUAGUGAUGAAACAAAACAGUUUGUUCAGGUUAUUUGGGAUGGAUUGGUUCAGUCUAAAGAUGCAGUAUUCAGAGAUUUCAGUGCACGCUGUCUUAAAGAAUUUGUACAGUGGUCAAUCAAGCAAACUUCAGUAAGAGAACAAGAAGAAAACCCCAUUGGAAUGAAUGUUGUUUUGAAUUGUUUGUAUAAUUACAGUCUACAUCCUAAUCCAUACAAAAGGUUAGGAGCAGCAUUAGCAUUUAAUAGUAUAUAUACAAUUUUUAGAGAAGAAGAAUCUCUUGUUGAUAAAUUUACUUUAGAAAUAGCAGUUCAUUUUAUAGAAAGUCUUGCUAUUGCUCAUUAUGAUGAUAAAAUUUUAGGAACUCAAGACAAAUGUAAACAAGCUCUAAAUCAUUUAGAAAGAAUAAUGGAGGUAAAAGCAAAACUUUUAAGUAAGACAUCAAAGAAAAGAAGACCAUUAAGAAAUAUUAAUGAUUCUAUUUUGCCAGAAGUUGUGGAAUGGAUUUUAAAAAAUUGUGGAUGUUUGCAGACUGAAUGUAGACAUAAAUGCAUGGAACUUGUAUUUCAAUUAGCACCAUGUUUAUCAGGUUUUAAUGGAUGUAAAGAUUAUUUUUCUCAUUUAUUAGAAACAAAAGGAAAAAAAUUCUUUUUGAAUUGUUUUGAAUCAGAAAUGUCAAAUACUGUACCAAGCUUUAAUCAAAAUGAUGGACUAAAACCAAUUAUUAAUUGGUUAGAAGGUCUACAUACAAUGCUUGAUUGUUAUUAUUGGGUAUUUGGUCAAAGUGUUUUGAAGUUAUCAGAUAUUUUCAAUGAUGCAAGUAAUAGAGAAUCUAAAUUUUUUCCUUCUAUUGAAUUUUUUUUAAAAACUCUAUGCAUUGAUUUUGAUCAGCGAGUUCAAGCAUUUUUCACUCAUGAAUCUGUUAAAAAGCAAAUAUUCUCACCCAAAGAAAAAGAUGAAUAUUUAAGAUUAAAUUGCUUUAUUAUUGUAAGAUUAAUAAAUUUUGUAACUACAAUAGUUGAAAAUUAUCACUUACAAUUAAAUACAAUUCCAUCAACAUUCUGGAGCAUAAAUUUUUGGAACUGUAUUUAUUCUUCAGUUCUUAAUCCAAAAUUUCUUGGAUUUGACAUGACAGAUACUUAUAUCUUUAAUCAAUUUCCUAAAGAAACAAGAACGUUAUUGAAAGUAUUCUAUGAAUAUAUGCCAAAACCUUUAUAUAAUAAUUUUAAUGAGCAUCUUUAUGAAUAUCUUGAAUCCAAAUGCAAUAUAUAUAAUCUAUUUCCAUUAAACUUGAAUGAUAAGGAUUUGAAGAUUCUGGAAAUUCAAGAAAUGUUAUUAGGUUAUGAACAGUUAAUUGAAAACAAACUUUGGCCAAAACAAAAUUGUAAUAAAUCCAAAAAAUUGGCUUGUGAUAUGUUAUCAUCUGUUUGGGAGAGCUGUAUUUUAGAAACUGAAAUUGGCUGUUGUAUUCCUAUAUUAAAUCCAUCUGUCUUAAAUUUUGGAAAAAAAAUGUUGACAGUAGCAUUAAAAUUAGAUAUUUCAAGUGAAGAUCUCUUGAAAAAAUUAUUAGAUGAGCAACAGUUGUAUGUGUCAAAUCUUAAAACUAAAACAAGAAGAGGUCUCAUUAUGUUUUCUACUUAUCAACAAGAAAUUUCACUAUUUGCUGGUAUAAAUUCAAAACACUUCAUUUCUUCUUUAAUGAAUAAUAUCAAUAAAUCAAAAACAACUGUUCUUAAAAUUUUAGUAGGAAUUCUUGAUUCUAUUGGAAAAGUAAAAGAAUUUAGAUAUAGAUAUGGUAAAGAUAUAAUAAAUAGUAUAAUGUGUCAAUGGUCAAGGUUACAACAGUGUUUAGAAGAAAGCUGUGACAUAGAUCUACAAAAUGAUAUUAUAACAUUAAUUACUAAAAUGUUUUUAAUUGAUUCAUCAUUUAUAAAAGGAAAUGUUAAUUACGAUUCUAAUUCAAUAUUUUUUUCAUUUAUAACAUUACUACAAAAGAGUGAAAUGUCACUAGAAUUUAAAAUAUGUGUUCUUGAUCUUCUCCCAUUCUUCUUAUGUGAUGCAUUUUUGUGUAAAGUACAAGCUGCUCUUAAUGAUUUAUUUACAAAUCAUUUUCCAUUAUAUUCAAGUGAACUGAAACCAGGCAGCUCACAAUAUAAUGACUAUCACUUAGCAUUUACAAAACUCCUAAUAGCUUUAGAAUUAACAGGAAAUGAAAUGCUUUUAAAGUUUGUGAUCCAGAUAAUGUGCAGAGAAUCAACACAUUUAUUAGAAGAGAAUAUUCAAAAAUGUUUAAAAAAGUUAUGCAAGAGAACUGAUUCUAAUAAAGAAAGAUUGAUUGCUGAAGUUCCAUUAAAGAUGUUUCUGGAGGAUGAAUUAUAUCCUAGUGAUAUGAGAAUUCAUAUUAUCGAAAAAGUCUUUCGAGUUAUACUUGGCAUGAUUUCUAAAAUAACAUUAAAAUAUUUCUUUAUAGAUCACAUAAAAGAAAUUAUGCAGAUUGUUAAAAGCAAACGUAAAAGUUCAAAUGAAAUUCAACUUGUUUCUAAAAUUGGUGCAUUUCAACUUAUUGAAAUAUUAUAUACAUAUUUAUCAAAAGAAGAAGUUUCAAAAGAAUCUCAAAUUAACUGCUCUUAUGGAAAAGAACUUACAAGAGAAGCAACAGGAUUUGCUAUUGCUGCAAGAAAGGAAAAUUUGGAAGGUGAAUCAAUAUCAAAAGAGUUCUGCAGAAAAUAUUGUUGUGCAGCUUACAAUGCAGUUAUUGCAAUCAUAUGUUGUACACAAACUGAUUCAAAAUUUUAUUCAACAUUCCUAUUCCAAGAAAAUUUUGCCAAAGGUGAAUAUAUCUGGGAAAAUAUUAUAGAUUUAAAUAAAGAAUACACUUUUCCUAUUGAACUUGAUACCAUAGAAAGAAGAAGAAAAUUUAUUUCUGUUCGACAUGAAAAUAGAGAAUUAAAUUCCAAUAAAACUCUAAAUUUUGCUUCAUCUUUAAAAUAUGCACCAUCACAAUAUUUAUCUGAUAGUAGUCUUAGUGAUGAUGUUAGCCAGUUUGAUUUUAGUUCUUCAGAAUUAGCAUUUUCUCAAGAUAUGAAAAAUAAAAAUAGAAAAGAAGAAAUAGAUUCAAACCCAAGUAAUGAAGCAAAAGAUGAUGAUUUAGUUUCAAACAUUACAGUCGAAUUAGAAAUUGAUGAUUUGAAUCAGCACGAAUGUAUGAAUUCUCUCACCAUGCUUGUACAACAUAUGGAAAAAAUUCAAUUAUUAUCUUCUUCACCUAAAGAAAUACCAAAAUGGUUAGAUAAUUUAUGCAAGAAAUUAGAAGAUUAUUCAGUUCAUAGAAAUAUCAAACUUUUUUUAACUAAAUUAUUCAUAAACAAUGCAGAAAUUUUUAAACCUUAUGCAGUAUUUCUUUUGCAACCAUUAAUUAAUUUAAUUUUGAAUGCAACUUUCGGAAGGGAAAUAAAUUACUUCAUCCUUGACUUAAUGGUUGUAUUGUUGUCUUGGUCUUCAAUAGCAAUUCCUGAAGAUUCCUCUAUAGGUCGACAUGCAGCAAGUGGACUUCUAGAAUUUUUAAUGAGUAAAUGUUUUCAUAUACGUAAGGAUGUUUUCCGAAAUAAUUUAGAAAUGAUAAAAACAGUUGUACAAUGUUGGAAAGAACGACUUGAUAUUCCAACAUAUAUUAUUUUUGAAAGUAUGAGAAAUCUAGAUACAAAAGUAAAAGAUAAUAUUGUUGGAAUUCAAUUAUUUGGAAUUGUAGUGUCAAAUGGAUUAGAUCCUUAUCAAAAUACAUCUAGAAUAGAUAAAAUAAGCUAUUUAAAAACAUUAACUGUAAACCUGAAAAACAAAUAUAAAGAAAUUUAUGAAUCAGCAUCAGAAGUUUGUGGUAUGAGCAUGAAAUAUUAUUUUGAUAAAGAUGAUGAUGUUUAUAGUGAAUUCUGUAAAAUAGUAAAAACUGAAAUCUCUUCAUUGAAUGCAAAGGAUCAAUAUUUGACUUGUCUUUAUAAAAUUAAUACUCACUUUCCAAUAUUUAUUGAUAGUUCAUUCUUGAAUAAAAUAUUAUAUAUGUUGCCUAAUGUGCAUGGUAUAUUUAGAAAACAAAUCCUUGAAAUCAUAAAUUCUCAUGUUGAAAAUAUUGAAAAUGCUUUUGCAGAACUUAAAAAUCAAGGACUUUUGAAUAUGUUAGAACAUAGAGAUGAAUCGAUUCAAUUCAGUUCAUUAAAUAUAAUUCAAAAAUUAUUAAAAGAAUUAGAUAUUGACAAAAUGCUUAAUGUAUUUCCAAUAAUCUCUAAAGUUCAUAAGAGUGCUGAAACAAUUUGUCGCAAAGUGAUGUAUGAAAUAAUGAUGCAUGCUUAUGAGAAAUUUAACACAAAAAAUGGGAUAAAAGAAAAAGAAAUUAGUAGAUAUGCAAAAGAAAUGCUUUUGCAUGGUCUUGCUGAUUCUGAUUUAACACUUCGGCUUACUGUUCAUAAUUUUUGGAGUCAAAAUAAUCAUUUGCCAGCUGAGACUUUUUCCAGAAUUAAAGCAGUUCUACAGAAAAUGUAUUCUCCAGAAAUUGAACACAUGUUUCUUCAAUAUUCAACAUUUCUUUUAAUGGAGAUGACUUCAAAAAGUCCUGAUUAUAAUCUAAAAAUCUUUCAAAAUCCACUAUCUACGUGUGCAUUUCAAAAUUAUGCUAUAUCGUCAUCAUGGAAGAAACGUCAUGCUACUUUAACACCUUGGUUUGUUGAUUCUCUGUCAUCUGCUGCUAGUUUUUCUGAUACGAGUGUAAAAAAUAUAGAUGAACAGAUCAGAUCUACCGUAGAUGUCAGAGAAUUUGAUCCUACACAAGAUCAAGCAUCCAAGAAAGCAUUUAAUUGGUUGACUCAAACUUCAAUUGAUACUUUGGGUGAUUGGGGAUCUUCAUCCACAUCGUCAUCAUUACUUUUCACUAUUGGAAGUGAUACAAAAAAAAUUCCAAACAUAGAUGAAAAUAACAGAAAUUCAAACCAAGAUACAUCCAAAAACAAAAUAGAGAAACUUUCAUCAUCUAAUACAUUUCAUUUGAGAAGAAGAUUUUUGAAAGAUAGAGAGAAGUCCAGAUUACAUUUUAUUCGAAUGGAAAUGAGAAAACAACAGUUAAGACAGGAAAGAGAAAAAGAGCAGAAAAAGCAGAGAGAAGGUCAAGUCACAAUUUAUCGGCAGUAUCGUAUAGGAGAUUUACCUGAUAUUGAAAUAAACUAUUCAUCUAUAAUUGUUCCACUUCAGGCUCUUGCACAACAUGAUGAUGAAAUUUGUAGAAUGCUUUUCCAAUCAUUAAUAUUAUCUGUUUGUUGUUACAUGAAAAGUAAUCAAGUGACAGAAUAUUCAGAAUUUUGUAGAAGCUUAUCAAGUGCAUUGAAUGAAAUUUUAAAGAAAAGUGUACAUUAUCAUCCUCAACUUGUUGCUUUUUGUUAUGAAUGUUUAAACUGUGAUGUGAAAGAAAUGGAUAUUGAUUAUGAGCAAAUUUGUACAGCAUCACAAGCUAGUCAUAAACAAAGUCUUGGAAUAUUACUUUUAGAAGAUCAUCUUAUUUGUUACAAUAACUUUAAAUCUAGCAAUCCUGCAAAAAGAAUAAAAUUAAAUAAACCUUUAAUUUCUGAUGAAUUAUCUAUAUGGCUUAAAAUGGCAGAAAUUUAUAAAUCCUUAAGUGAUUAUGAUUCUGUUCAUGGAAUAUUCAGUAAUUCAUUGAAUAUUCAAGAAGAAACUAAGCAAGCAUUAGAAUUUGAAUCAAGAGGAGAGUAUUUGUUGGCUGUGAAAAUUUAUAGUAAACUCUAUGAUCAAACUGAAUGGUCUGCUGAAGAGCCAAAUCAAGCAGAAAUUGAUUUAUGGGACAAUGCAAUACUUCAGUGUUAUGAUUACUUAACUCAAUGGGAUCUUCUUCAGUUAAGUAUAAUAAACCGUCUUGAUGAAAAUCAGAAACAGCCAAACUUAAAUAAAAUUUGGGAAGAACCAUAUUAUCAAGAGAAUUAUUUACCAUUUUUAAUCAAAUCCAAAUUAAAAUUGUUAAUAGAAAAUAGAAAUGAUCAGUCGUUACUUUGUUUUAUUGAUUCUGCUCUGAAAGAAGAAAAUAAAAAGAAAUAUUUAGAAGAAAACUUUUCUGAAGAAUUAGCAUUAUUAUAUAUUAUCCAAGAAAAUUAUGAUCGUGCUCAGUAUUAUUCUCAGUUAUGUCUUCAGGACUUUUUAAAAGAAUGGUCCAGCCUUAAUGUUUUGAUGCCUAUUAUUAGGAAAACAAAAUUGCAGUCUCUGCAGAAACAUAUUGAACUGCAAGAAUUUUUAAAUUUUAUAGACACUUAUAGAAAUAUUGAUGAAUAUCAUUUCAAAAACCUUACAGAUAGAUGGCUGAAGAGAUAUCCUGAUAUAUUUGAUUCUGUUAAUAUUUGGGAUGAUAUAAUUAUGAACAGAUCACUCUAUAUGGAAAAAAUUGUAAGUAAGUUGCAAGAAACAAAUAAUCAAUCCACAAGUUUCAGUUUAGAAGAAAGUAUGGAUACUUCAAUUGUCGAUAGUGAACCAAACUCAUAUUUUGAUAGUGAAAAGUUUUUAAAAGAACAAAGAUUAAAAAUGAAAUUAAAAUUUGUAGAAGCUGCAUUGUUGCAGGGAAACUUACAAGUAGCAGUUAAACAUCUCAAAUGGUCACAACAAAUAGCAAAGGAACUAAAAGCUGAUCAUCACUGGAUAAAUUGCAUACAUUUAUAUUGUAAAAUAGAUUUAAAGAAAGCUAAGAAUCAGAAUUAUCCUGAACAAUUAGAUACUUUACUUUGUGCUCAUAAACAAUUAGCUAAAUUGGAUCUUCAUUUUCCAAAAAAAUUAGAUGUUUCCACAAUGAACCAUUAUUUACUACAAAGUGAAAUUAUAGAAAUGGCUGCAGAUAUUGUAAAGUAUAAUGAUGUUCAUGCUGAGAAAAUUCAAGAAUUAACAGACACUUUUUCCAUUCAGUCAAAGUCCAAAUUAGAAAUUGAUUUGUUUUGUAAGAAUUAUGAAUAUAAAUGCAGAGCAAUUGAUAUAAUCCAAGAGGUUGAACAAAAAAUGAUUGAAUUUGAUCAGGCUACAAUUGGAGAAACAUAUUUUAAAUUUGCAAAUUACUGUAAUAAAAUUUUAAGAAUGCAAGAAGAAGAAGAAAAGACAUUAUCAUUAUCAUUUGAAACUUACCCUUCAGUUUUAACAAACUCUCUACUCAAUGCUCUUAAAAAUGGCAAUUUAAAUGCAAUUAAAUUAUUCCCUCGAUUAUUACAAAUUAUUGAAGUAUAUCCUGAUACUAUUCCUGAAUUUAUUGCAAAGUCAAAAGUUGUUCCUUGUUGGAUGUUUUUAUCUUGGAUUAAUCAACUACUUACAUUGUUAGAUAAACCAGAAGCUACUGCAGUUCAGUAUAUUAUAAAAGAAAUAGGAACUAACUUUCCAAAUGCAUUAGUAUAUCCAUUUAAACUGAGCUAUGAAAUGUAUAAAUUUCCUGAUACUUUGCAAGGAAAGGAAAACAAAGAAUUUGUAAUGAAAUUGAAAUCUUCAUUAAGUCAAUUGAAAUUAGUUGAUGAAUUUGUAAAUGCUCUAGAUUCUCUGUCUGUACCAGAAUUACUCUAUAAGGAAUACUUUAAAGAAAUACUUCAAAUGAAAAAAGAUAAAGGUGAUAAAAAUGAAAUAGUGAAAUUGUAUAAAAAAUUAUGCCAUGAACUUUUUAAUUAUAAUCCUAGAGACAAAAUGAAAGAAAGAAAACUACAUUUAAAAGUUGCAAAGGUUUGUGGUUCUGUUGUGUUUUCUGAAUUUGGAAAAGAUGGAAAUAAAUUAAUAUCAAUGCCACUAAAAGAAGCUAGUGUAAAAUAUGAAACUUUAUUAAAAAAAAUAACAACAAUGUCUGAAAUGAAUAAAGAAGCUAAACUUAGAGAUUUUUCAGAUUGGUUAAGUGAAUUCCAUUCAAUAAAAUAUUCUGAGGAUAUUGAAAUACCAGGACAGUAUACUGGGAAAAGAAAACCAAUUCCUGAACAUCAUGUAAAGAUUUGUAAUUUUGAUCAAAAGGUUGAUAUUUUGUCAUCUCUUACCAAACCUCGUUGCUUGACAAUACGUGGCAAUGAUCAAAAAGAUUAUAAAUUCUUAGUAAAAUCUGGAGAGGAUCUUAGACAAGAUAGUCGUAUUGAACAACUUUUUGAUGUAAUGAAUGAUAUUUAUCAAUGUAAUGCCAUUUGUUUCCAAAACAAGUUAAAGUUAGAAACAUACCAAGUGAUUCCUCUGACCACAAAAAUUGGCCUUAUUGAGUGGGUUGAUAACACAAAUGUCUUAGGAUCUUUCCUGAAAGAUGCAAUGACUGAUAAAGAGAAAGAAUCAUUUCGGGAAUCGGAUCCAAAAAUGACAUUUUAUAAAUUUUUACUUUCAAAAACAAACAGCAGAGAUAAAAGUAUACCAUUACUUUAUGAAAAUAUUUACAAAAUUGCAGACACAGAAGUUAAUAAAAAAUUCACCGAAUGUAUAAAUAUGAUUCCUUGGGAUUUGUUCAGACGAGCAUUUUUGAAAUUUAGUUCAUCUUUAGAGGCAUUUGUUAUUCUUAGAUAUAAUUUUAUCACUUCUCAUGCAGUUCUAUGUAUAUCCCAAUGGCUAUUGGGAAUUGGUGAUAGACAUACAGGAAAUUUUUUAGUUAGCACUACUACUGGCAUUGAAGUUGGAAUCGAUUUUGGUCAUGCUUUUGGAACUGCAACACAAUUUUUGCCUAUUCCAGAACUUGUACCUUUUCGUUUAACUAAUCAAUAUCUUAAUUUAAUGUUACCUUUGAAGGAGAAAGGUGUAAUUGAAGCUACUAUGAUUUCUGCAUUAAGUGCUUUAAGAGAUAAUGCUGAUAUACUGUUGAAUACAAUGGACAUUUUCAUUAAAGAACCUACAGUAAACUGGCAGGAAAAUGCAUUAAAACAAAAGAGAAUUAUUGGAAAAGUUGAUGAAAAUGUUGAUAGUGACAUAAAUAUUUAUCCUGGCAAUACUGAAAGUGAUGAUCCCAAUCAUUCUGAAUGUGAUUUUAACUGGUACCCCAAACAGCGCAUUUUGUUUGCAAAGCGAAAACUCGAAGGAAUUAAUCCAUGUUAUAUCACAAAAGAGGAACUGAGAUUGGGUCAUUCAAACAAACCUAUUUUUCAACGUUUAACAGAUGUGUGUCUUGGAGAUAGAAAAUCACUUCGUCAAAAUCUACCUAAGAAUGGUUUGAGUGUGAAACAACAAGUCAAAUCAUUAAUUGAUCAAGCCACAGAUUCAGGUAUACUGAGUCGAAUUUAUUUUGGAUGGGAUCCUUGGUUUUAAAUAAUUCUACUUUAUAAAAUAUUUAAACUUUUAUAAUUUUAUAUAUAAAGUUUUGUUCUAUUUGUUCUUAGUAAAUGAAACAAAUUGUAAAAUUUAUAAUUAAGAAGCAUACUAAAUUUUCUACAUUAGUUUUUCUAUUAAUGUGUUUUACUGUUAAUAGUUUUGAAAAGUUCACCAAGAUUCUCUCCAGAAAAGGCUGACAAUUUAUAUAUAACUUACUUUAGUAUUAAAUAUUUACAUUUGAUUGUAUUAUAUUUAAAUUUUAUUUUGUAAUUAAAUCAUUGAAAGUUUUCAUAUAUCAAUAAUAGGCAGGAGCAAGUUUCUGUCAGUUAUUUAUAUUAUUAUAAAUGUCAGACUGAAGUAUUUCAUUACACAUUAAAUGUUACUGAAACAUUUUAAUCAGUAGAAAUUUUGGUAAAAAUAAUAAUUAUAUUUUGUAUAUUUUAAUUGUUCAGAUCCUGUAAAUUUUGUAAGACAAAGUUGAUAUGUA